AUGGGAGGCCCAAACCAGUCCAGCAUCUCCGAGUUCCUCCUCCUGGGCCUCUCCAGGCAGCCCCAACAGCAGCAGCUCCUCUUCCUGCUCUUCCUCACCAUGUACCUGGCCACUGUCUUGGGGAACCUGCUCAUCAUCCUGGCCAUCAGUACUGACUCUCGCCUACACACCCCCAUGUACUUCUUCCUCAGCAACCUGUCCUUUGUGGACAUCUGCUUCUCCUCCACCACUGUCCCCAAGGUGCUGGCCAAUCAUAUGUUUGGCAGCCAGGCCAUCUCCUUCUCUGGCUGUCUCACACAAAUGUAUUUUGUUUUCAUGUUCGUGGACAUGGACAAUUUCCUCCUGGCUGUGAUGGCCUAUGACCGCUUUGUUGCCAUCUGCCACCCCUUACACUACACAGCAAAGAUGACUCCUCAGCUCUGUGCCCUGUUGGUGGCUGGAUCUUGGGUGGUCGCCAACCUGAAUGUCCUCUUGCACACCCUGCUAAUAGCUCGACUCUCAUUCUGUGCAGACAAUGUGAUCCCCCACUUCUUCUGUGAUGCGACCCCGAUCCUGAGACUCUCCUGCUCAGACACAUACCUCAAUGAAAUGAUGAUCCUUACAGAGGGUGCGCUGAUCAUGAUCGCCCCAUUUGUCUGCAUCCUGGCUUCCUACCUGUGCAUCAUUUGUGCUGUCCUGAGGGUUCCCUCCACAAGGGGAUGGUGGAAAGCCUUCUCCACCUGUGGCUCCCACCUGGCUGUGGUCUCUCUCUUCUAUGGCACCAUCAUUGCUGUGUAUUUCAACCCUGUAUCCUCUCACUCAGCCGAGAAGGACACUGCAGCGACUGUGCUGUACACAGUGGUGACCCCCAUGCUAAAUCCUUGCAUCUACAGCCUGAGGAACAGAGACUUGAAAGCGGCUCUAAGAAAACACCUCAACAAAUCUUUCCUUCUCACUGUCCUGACUUUUUACUUAAGUUCAGGGUUUAAUUUUGUUUAG